CUGAAUCCGCCCAUGCCCGAGCAAGACCAGAUUAAACACAUCUUGAAAGGCAUUGACGACGAUGCCUUUCAAAUGCUGCUGGCAAAGGACCCACGCACCGUAGCUGAGCUUACGACCUUGUGCCAGAGCUUUGACGAGCUCCGUAAGCAACGCGUCUUAGGGCGGCGGCCGACAACAGACGAUUCCCUUGCCGCCUUAACCAUCGGAGGUGACCACGAGACGCUACUGUCGCAAAUCAAGGAGUAUGUGCGUGAGGAAGUGGCAUGGCAGAUCUUGUGUUUAUCGUAUCUGCCGACCCCAGAAGUGCCUACGCACAAUCUCGCGCCGUCUCUCAGACAAGUCAUUCAGGAGCAGGUCUCCGAGGUGCUGCCGUCCGCCGCUCCGCCGACACCUGUUGCCGCACCACUCACUUAUGCGGCUGCCGCUGCAAUGCCUCCGCAUCGACCACCAGCAUUGGCCCCUCAACCUCUCCGACAGCCACCGGCGCCAUUCCCUAGUGCACAGGAGCACAUCGUCAAUCCGUGGCGCACUCCUGACAACCGACCGAUAUGUCACUCUUGCGGAAUUCCCGGUCACGUUGCGCGCUUCUGUUGUAGGCGCUUCGCGGCUGCCUCAGUUACACCAAGAUACCGCGACUGUUCUUUCCGGCCCCGGUACUACGCUCCACAAGACGUGCCACCUGAGGUAUACGCACGCGACCCCCAGCCUGCCUCCGACUUUUCACCCUUCGCUUCCCGUCGAUCACCCUGA